CCUGUCGGCCGCGCGCAGCAGCGUGGGGAGGAUGGAGAGAAGGAGUGUUUCUGUAGAAGAAGCUUCUCGGAUCUUCAGAGGACUUUAAACUGAAAUAAAUCUGCAGAAGAAGGACUUGAAGGACUUCGCUGAACUUCCGAGCGCGCAUGCGCAGUCCGUGGCUGUUUUCUAAACAAUGGAUUUAUUGUGACGUCACACCCGGAAGCGCGCAUCAGCUGGGCUUGUGAACAGUCUUUCUCUCUCUGUGUGUGUGUGUGUGUGUGUGUGUGUGUGUGUGUGUGUGUGUGUGAGGAUGAGUGGCGGGAAAAAGAGGAGUGGCUUCCAGAUCACCAGUGUGACUUCGGACUUUAACCAGACUCCAGCCGGCCAAUCAGCUCCCAGCAUGGUGCUGACUGUGGUCCAAUCUGCUCAGAGAAGCUCCUCCCAGCCAACCACGCCCUCCCUGAAGAGGAAACACGUGUCCCAUGAUGCGGCGGGGCAGGGGGGCGGGGCCUCCAGGUUCCGGGUGGUGCGGUUGGUCCUGGGGGCAGGGGGGCGGGGCCAGCCAUAUCGCCGCGGGCGAUGGACCUGCACCGACAUCCAGGAGCGACAGGAAGGGGCGGGGCUUAGGUGCGUCAUGGACACCAUGAGACACGCCCACUCCCUGGAGUCCCUGGAGAUGAUUGGCCGAGAUGUGGACAGAGGCGCAGUCUACACCCAGGACAGUGCUCACCUGCUGACUCGGCCAAUCAGAGGCCAAGAGGGGGCGGGGCUUGUACCUCGCAGCAGGCCGCUCUCACUGACACACCAAGAGCCAAUGGUAGCUCAGAGUUUAAACUCCGCCCCUCCCCCUCCUUCACCCCGCCCACGGAACGUCCCUCCUCCACUGCGAUUGGACGUGGACUCUGCAGGCAGGUCUGUCCUCAGGCUGUCUCACUCUCAGCCCAGCUCCCCCCCUGUUGGAUCGUACCAUCCCACUCAGACUCCAUCAGUCUUCUGUCUGGACCGGACCAUGUUCGACCUGCCGGGGGACGCCAGGAUGCUAAAGCUUGUUGCUAAGCAACCAGAGAUGGUGGUGUUGCGGGAGCGGAGGAGGGUCAGAGGUCAUGUGACCGGCAGCAGGGAGUCCUGGCCGGGCGCCGCCCCCCCUCCGGCUGCCUCUCAUUGGUCCGUCCCUGUCAGAGCUCCUCCCAGUGGGCGGGGCUCUGAGGCCAGCAUGAUGUCACUGAUGCUGCUCUGCCACAGUAGAGAGCUGGUUGCCAUCGACAACAAAAUUGAGCAGGCCAUGGUGAGUCUGAUACUGUACUAUUAUAAUAUGUGUGUUUGUGUGUGUGCGUGUGUGUGUGUGCGUGUGUGUGUGUAACUGUGUAUAUGUGUG